AUGUUUUUUUUUUAAGUUCACCUUUGUAUUAAAAUUUUUGUUCCUGAAAAUUUAAAGAAAAAAAUAACAUUAAUAUUAUUGUAUACAACCUAUAAGAUACCGCUAAAUAAUUGUAAUUUAGUUAAGUUUGUGUUGUGGUCUUCGAGGAGGAACUAGUGACCGGUCUCGAGGUGGACAAUGUGGUGAGGCGAAAUAUUUACAUUAUAUUAACUAUAUUCUCAAUACUUCACUCUUACAUCUUACUUUAAAGGUAGCCACUGUACUUGAGACUAGCUAAACAAUGGAUAAAGAUCCCUCUUUCUCUGGAGUACAUGAGAGAAGAAAGAAGUCGACAGAGAAAUUUAGGGGUGGUAAAGGCAAGUCCAGAAGAAAUCCCAAGAAUGAGGGCAACAUUAUGCGAGCAGAAGUACAGAGGUACAAAGACCGAGAGAAGAGUAUGCAGAAUGAGGACAGUUCCACAGUUUCUAGCAGAAGGGUGACGAUUCGUCAGGGAAUCUAUGCACAUGGCUGUAGUUCAGGAGCUGUACGUAGAGAGGUUGGGUUAAGUAGAGAGACCAAAGCUCGAGCAGAAGCCAACCUGUCACGCAUCCUUGAACUGGCCAGCCACGGACCUUGUGAUAAAGUAACUAAUGAUUCCACGUUGGUCACUGUAUCUCCUCACCGUUCUUUUCUCAAGAAGAAGCCUGCAAGUAAUAGUUCGACUCAUAAUGAAGUCGUUUCUCCUGGGAUAAGAAAAGAGGAGAACGCCAGUAAUGUAAGGUUGUCAUCACCAGGAACAGACAGUGUUAAGGCAGUCAGUAGUUCCCAGUCAAAGAGGCACAAAACUAGUCAUGAUAAACACCAAACAGACUUACCUACUGUGACGACAAGAGAGACUACGAGAAAAGAAUUGUCCCGUGAAAGAAGAACAAAUGAAGAAGAAAGCCAGAAUAUGAAGCACCCAGAGAAACCUGAAACUAAAGAGAAUGUUUGUUCCCCAGAGAAAAAGAGAAUGUGGCAUGAAUCAGCAGCAGCUGCUGUAAGAGCUUCUCUUGAAGAAAAAUCUAACAUAUUUGGCAAAGCUAAAAAGUAUCAUUAUAUGGUUCUUGAGGAAAUACAAAACAAAUUUGAAGAAUGUGCCGAAUAUAGGACUGCUUUAUCUGCAAGUUUGGAUUCAUCUCUAGAUAUUCAAGAAGUCAAGAAAGGCAGAAUGUGCAGUGUUACAAAAACAUCAGAAACAGAUGAUCAAAAUAGAGGCCAGGUUGAUAUGCAAGUAUUAAAUACCAUGAGAACUCCACCAUCCACCGAAUACUUGAAAAGAAAUCAAGAAUUGGAAUUGCCACAUCAACAUAAAGAAUUAGCAUUAAAUGAGACAAUGUGUCCAGGCACAACCAUCAUUAAUCCCAGGGCACUCUUGAGACGUUAUGAGAAGAAGCUGGAAGAAGGCAACACACACAAGCACUCAAGUGAGAGGACAGGCUUACCUGGUGUUGGUUAUCAGAGUGAAUGUGUACAUGAUUCAAAGGAUGUUCCUCUGGAGACUGAAGAUGUUUCUACUUCCAAGUCAAAAACUAAUACCAUAACUCGUAGAGGUACAAGAAAACUUUAUCCGGUUGACGCAAAAGCUGAUACAACACAAGAAAUAUUGUCUUCUAUAUAUCAUGCAAAGAAAAUAGAUCAUCCUAAUAUGCAGGGUAAUGAUACCCCAACAUCUAACUCUGGGUAUCAUUACGAAUGUCCUAAAACAGUAGUAGUUGAUGCCCUUAAUUAUCUAGAGAGGUGUGAACACAAUUCUAGUAACCAUCAGAGAAUGGCUUCCAGUCAAAGUACAAACAAAAGGUUAUUGGAUUAUUCAUUUAGGAAAGGUAACAUUCCCCAGCGCGAGGCAGACAUUGAUCCCCUAAUGACAGCUCACUCAUCUCUGGACAGCGUAUUUGAUGAUUCUAUUAGAAGCAAAACUGACUUCAUCCAUAAAGGAAAGCAUCCUGUUAGAAGAAAAGGCAAUAGAGAAAGCUCACACUCAUUUUACAGUGAGAGAAAUGGAAAUCAAAAUAAAGAUGGAACCAGUUGUUCGCUCAGAAGAUCACGACAAGGUGUUAGAGAUGUUGCUUAUGGCCGGCCAGAACCUCUCGUGGCUAAUACUAGAGAGGAAGGAUAUAAAUUAAUCACUGAGAAUCCAUUUUCAUUACAUCCACAGUCGAGAUCAAAAUCUCCAAGAGGUUCUCUGCCUUCAUCUGGUUUCACAGUUUCAAACUCUAGUGUACCUGCACUUCCUUCAGAUUACAAGUCAUUUCCUUUAGCUCAUCACUCUGUUUCACGGGGACACUCAUCACAUCCACUGAUCGACUCAUCCAGUACAACAGAGCCAGCACAUAAUCGGCUAGAUGAUCUGGAUAAGCCACAGUAUUGCGCGAGAGACCAGAUAUUCUGCAGCCUUAGUCAGGGAGACGACUUACCAUUACCCCUAAUGAAUCCACAUACCGCACACAAUAUUCAGCAUGCAGUCACCUCUAAUGAAGGAACCUUUCCAGUAUGUUCUUCAGAAAAGCGUUUAGCUUGGCAGAAAAGACUCCAAGCUUUACCAUACGUAUCUCCUAACCCACCAUCACUUACAGACCAUCCCACAAAGGCUCCAUUAACCAGACAUGUGGGAUGCAGCAGCAGGCAGUCUAAUACCAGUGAACAGUCAAAAGCCCAAAUGUGCCAACCAUACCUCAGAAGUAGCUGCAUCAUGGGCCAGAAUUCCUAUAGUUUAUCAUCACUACCUGAAGAGAGGCUUCACUCACAGUAUCCAAGAUUUCCUGAGAGUUUACAAAAAGAUCAAGUCUUAAAUAGUGAUACUGAAAGGACCCAACACCGGGACACAUUACCAAGACCACACCAAUACCAGAAAUCAAAUGUAUAUUCAUCCGUUGGUGUUCCUCAGAGUUAUAACUGCUGUUGCAGCAGUUAUUCGGGUACCAGGACACCUAAUCAAAAUCCUCACGAUGCAUUCAGAAGUCGCUCUUGUCAUUUUCAUCCUUAUCGUCAAGUUCCAGAGAGUUACGUUCAAGUGAAGGACUGGGUGGACGCAACCAGUAAUGUAGAUGACCAGCUCUCACAGAUACACCACCCCUGUGCUCAUGGACGCCUGCAGGUUGCAGAAAACUCCUCCUCUGCAAUGCCAACGUCCUUUGACAUUAAAUGCUCUUCAGAACCCUGGCAUUAUAUACACAAACAUUGCUGAUGGUGUCGUGUUAUAAUUGUCAUAUCAAAGAAAUGUGUCAUUGGAAGUCAGAUGCCAGAGUUAAGAAGUGUUGUAGCUGUAUUUGUAGUUCAUCGUCUUCAUACAGUGGGGUAUGCUAUAACGAACGGAUCCUACUACGAAUAUUCCUAUAACGAACGGUUUUACCUAUAAAAUUGAUAAUGCUAUAACGA